GCCGUGUCAAACCAGCGAAAAGGCCGUUGGCGUUGUGGCCUGGUUUGUUAGUACGGUACGUUUCAGUUUGUAGCGUAAUUUGAUCUUUGCCACCGUAAAAAUCUUUAUCUCGCGAUUACUCCACCGCGCACACGCCAACACAAUUAUUUUCCCCGCUGUCAUCCGCGCCACUGAUUAGCAGAUUACCAUCGCCAGCAACAAUGUUUUAUCAGUGGCUCUGUCCCCGGAUGACUUUGACACGGUUUCUCAGCGUUUCGCGGACACAGUGCAGUUAAAUAAUCAUUAUGAUGUUGGGUUCUUGGCGACAUAUUCCCUGAUUGUUGUCCCGAUUGAUCAUUGCGCAAUAUGCCGAAAGUGUUGGAGGAUUAUAGUGGGAUGAUGGGGUGAUGCACCGGGACCGUGUGCGGAGUGUAUGGGGCUGUGAAAGUGGACGGGGAGCGAGUGGGGUGACGACGGGACAGAAUGUCCUUGGCCACGGGUUCCCGUCUGGACAAAGGGGAUAUAGCGGGGAUUGUCUGUUAUUUUGUGGCGGUGGUUGCCGUGGGAAUAUUUUCAUUAUUCAAAUCCAAACGGAACACCGUCUCGGGAUUUUUCUUGGCCGAUAAGGAUACGUCGUGGUAUAUUGUUGGCGCUAGUCUGUUUGCCUCGAAUAUCGGCACAGAACAUUUUAUUGGAUUGAGUGGCUCAGGUGCUGCUGUCGGAAUCAGUGUGGGAGCGUUCGAGAUCAGUGGCUUGGUGGCGUUACAACUGCUGGGAUGGGUGUUUCUUCCCGUCUACAUCGCCAGUAAGGCCUACACACUUCCGGAGUACAUCAAGAAGCGCUUCGGCGGAUCACGCAUCCGCGUGUAUUUGGCCACGUUGUCGCUGAUUCUCUACAUCUUCACCAAGAUUUCCGUGGCGUUGUACUCCGGAACACUCUUCAUCCGACAGGGAUUAGAAUGGAAUCAGUGGCUGGCCAUUGCGCUGCUCCUGUCGAUGACCGCCGUAACCGCCAUCACCGGCGGUCUCAAAGCGGCGAUUUACACGGAAGUCUUACAGGCCGUCAGCAUCUUGUUGGGAGCAUGUACGAUAUUUAUCCUCGCAUUAAUUCGCGUGGGCGGCUACAGUGGUUUGGUGGCGAGAUACCCGUCGGCGGCAGCCAGCGGCAAUUAUUCCAUGCCCAACACCACGUGCAGCCAGCCGUUGGACGACGCUUUUGUGAUGCUGCGUGAGCCGGAUGAUCCCAAUCUCCCGUGGCCGGGAUUCCUCAUCGGCCAGUCGGCCGUGUCCAUCUGGUACUGGGCUGCCGAUCAGAUGAUGGUGCAGCGGGCGUUAGCAGCCAAAAGUCUGUCGCACGCACAAGGAGGCUGCAUUCUCGCUGGGUAUUUCAAGUUUGCCUUCCUUUUUGUUAUGAUCUUGCCGGGAAUGAUUGCUCGGACGCUGUGGCCAGAUGUGAUCGCCUGCUCGAAUCCGGAGGCGUGCUACGCCCUGUGCGAGAACCGGCGCGGCUGCAGCGACAUGGCCUAUCCCUGGCUGGUGACGGAGCUGCUGCCGUCGGGCGUCCGCGGCCUGAUGCUGGCCGUCAUGCUGUCCGCCCUCGUCUCCGAUCUCAUCUCCAUCUUCAACUCCGCCUCGGCGCUCUUCACCAUCGACAUCUGGAGUAAGGUGCGCGCCAAGGCCGGCACUAUGGAGAUCCUCAUCGUCGGCCGGCUCUUCAAUCUCGUGCUCCUCCUCAUCUCCGUCAUCUGGCUGCCCUUCAUCCAACAGAUGCAAGGCGGUCAAUUAUUUUUCUACAUCAAAGCCAUCGCUUCCUAUUUAUCGCCGCCCAUCGGUGCGGUGUACAUUCUGGCCAUUUCCUGGCGGCGCUGCAACGAACAAGGCGCCUUCUACGGCCUCUUAUCCGGGUUGUUGGUCGGCAUCACCCGCAUGGUGCUGGAUUUCGUCUACCGCGCGCCGGAGUGCGGCCAGCCGGAUUUGCGACCACUUAACGAAAACUUCCACUACAUGUAUUUCGCGUGCUUCCUUUUCCUGAUGUCGUUGCUGGUGACGAUCGUGGUUUCGCUUCUGACACCGCCGCCGUCCAAGGCGCGAUUGGUGCGCACGACGUUCAAGACGCGGUUUGACGAAACCGCACGCGAUGAUGAUUUCCAGUAUGAUCGCAAAAAGAGCUUGAAUGUGACGACAUUAGAAGACGUGGUCAGCCAUCACGGCCACCUCCCGCCGCUGAACGAGUCCAUCACGCCGGAGCGCACCGGGAGCCGUGGUUCGAAUAUCAACGAGGCGUAUGCCGAUGAGGAGGUCAUGCUGGAUAAGAAGCGCUACAGCGAAGAUAUCCCGUUGGGUAAGCUGCGCAACGGGCGCUCCUCCGACGGCCAGACGCUGGUUAACGGCCACGCUGACGGCCAACCACCGCCCGCCACGUGUCUGAUGUAUCUGGAAAAGUUUGCCAAUUGGUUCUGUGGGUUUUCCAAGCUUUCCAGGGCGGAAAAAGAGGAACACGUGGAACAUCUGGCCAAAGUUUCCUCCCUGCAUCAGGACCGGCGUGCCCGCUGGUUGUUGAACGUUAAUUUAUUCGUUCUUCUCAGUUUGGUGAUAUUCGUCUUUGUCUUCUUCUCCACCGGUCUGCAUGACCUGAUCGUCCAUGCCGACGGGGGGAGGUUGUUUUCCAUGGCUUUCAACCUGACCAAUAUCACUUCGCGAGCGUGAUACACUUGUUGACUGUGGUUAUUACUUUCUACCUCUUUUAACUGUGCGUCCCGGUGAUGGAACAGAAUCUUCCGAUUUUAUGUCUGUCUACCUCAUUUAAUUUCAUAUUCGGAAAGACGUUUGAAAACCGUGCAGAUGUCGGUUAAUUUAUUGGGGCAGUUUUGCACAAUCGAAAUGAAACCGAAUAGCGGGGAAGUUUGAACCCUCUGGUGGUUCGCGUUGCGUGUAAAAGAAGA